UUCCUUUUCUUUUGUGGGCUGUGGUCAUCUGUGGUCACCUUCCUUUACUCUGGUACCCCUAAAUAAAAUUGAGUGGAAGUAAUUGCCUUCAGAGGUAAAUAGAGUCCAGCUUUGCGCAAUUUAAUGUCAGUAUAAAUCCAGCUGUUCUGUGAAGGCCUCAGAGGUUUGUUACACAACCUUAGCAAACAACAUCAUGAUGACAGCAGAUCAGGUCAGGGAGAAAGUUGUAGAAGUUCUCACACAGCACAUAGUAUGGCAAAACUUUAAACAUAUCAAGACACGAGUAUACACCUACACGGACAGGUUCGGCAAGAAGAGCAUUAAUCAGAGAAGCAUCCCACAGACCCAUGGAGACUCUGGAGGAGCUACAAUGAUUCACCGCUAAGGUAGGAGAAUCUGCGACAGGACACACAAAGAAACAAUGUAAACAGAAACUUAUGAGACGUAAUUUUUAAAGUUUACCACAAGCUAUGAAAGGGACCCAGCUAACGUGGAUUUUUUUGGCCUUCAUGCAAAACUCAAUGUGCGGUGGAAAACCUGCAUUGCACAUUACCCGGCGAAAAAGAGCUGCUGCCACUUAAUGAUAUGGGGGUGCCUCGCUUCAGCAGAAACAGGAAAGCUGAUCAAAGUUGAUGGGAAGAUGGAUAGAGCUAAAUGCAGAGCAAUCCUGAAACAAGACAAUGUUACUGGCUGCAAAAGACUCAAGACCGCCAUUCAGCAGGAAAAUAACCCUAAACAAACACCCAGAGCUAAAAUGCAACGCUUAAGAUGAAAAUAUUUAUGUGUUAGAAUGUCAGAGUCAAAGUCCAGACUUGUAAAUCUAAUUGAGAAUCUGCAGCAAGACUUGAAAACCGAUGUGCCCGGAUGCUCCCCCGUCCAAUAUGACUGAGCCUGAGCUACUUUUGCAAAGCUUUUUGUCUUUAAAUAUGUGGUUGUAGUAUUGACUCAAGGGUCCUGAAUACAAGUGCAUGUCACAAUUUUCUGAUUUCUAUAUGGGAAAAACGUUUGAAAACCGUGUAUCAUUUUCCUUUCCUUUCUCAAAUGUGACACUUCGUGUUGGUCUGUUACAUGAGUUCCUAAUAAUUUAAAUUGAACUGUGGUGUUGUAAUGUGACAAAAUAUGACAAAACUACGUAGGGUAGGAAAACCUUUUUUUCAAGGCGCUGCAGUAAUGUCUGGGUGCCAUCAUUUUUCUUUAAAGUCACAGCACACAUAUUUAACCGCAAACUGAUGGUGGUGUAUUUGACCUUUUUUUAAAUUUAAACUUCACAUCAUCAUUCUCCAUUUGUUUCUAUGCCCUUACUUACUGUGUACACAUCCUUUAAAUCGUCACCGCCCAACUUUAAAGUGGUAGGUGGAGGUUUCUCCUGCAUGCAGCACCUGCCUCUCCUCUCCUCACUCUCCGCCGGGCCCGUUUCCUCAUCGUCACCGCUGAUAUCUACUACCUGCCGAGUCUGACUUGCCAACUGACCCACUUCGUCGAGGGCUGCCGAGAUACUUUAACAUCUCGUUGUUCUUACAGUCUGCAGAAUAAAAUGAAGAGCAUCGACUGUGUUUUUAAACAGUAAAGCGCCACCUCUGCCGGGUGGAAAUGCAGGACAAAAACGGCAAAGGAGCAGCCGGCGGCAGCCCCUCCGGGGGAGGCUCAGCAGCCGCAGCGCAGAACUCACUACAUUUGAAUGGACAUACUGAUUCUUCAAAUGGCCACAACCCAAUAAUUACACCAUCCCCACAGCAGCAGUCUGAUUCUCAAACCCCUAAUCCCGUGCCUACUUCAGCCGCGGUUGUCCCGAGGGAUCAGUGGGGUGGGAAGUAUGAGUUCCUGCUGUCCUGUCUCGGUUACUGCGUGGGUCUGGGCAAUGUGUGGAGGUUCCCAUACCUGUGUUACCGCAAUGGAGGAGGUGUGUUUCUCAUUCCCUACUUCAUUAUGCUCUUUGUGACGGGAGUUCCUCUCUUCCUCAUGGAGCUGAGUUUAGGCCAGUAUGGCUCAGCCGGUCCCAUCAUGGUGUGGAAAUGCUGCCCUCUGCUUAAAGGCAUUGGAAUUGGGAUGCUGUGUGUGUCCACGCUGGUGUGCCUCUACUACAACGUCAUCAUCGCGUGGACAUUUUACUACCUGGGCAGCUCGUUCCAGAGCCCCUUGCCCUGGUCAUGUGAUGCCGUGGCCAAUGCCGCCAUCUGCGGUAAUGGCACUGUUGGCAACAGCUCCCUGGAAAGACCCCGCAGCCCUACAGAGGUUUUCUGGAAUGAGAAUGUACUGGGUGUGGUGAACAGUGAGGGCCUUCAUGACCCGGGCCCCGUGCGGUGGCCCCUGGCACUGUGCCUCUUGGCUGCCUGGAUCAUCAUCUUCCUCUGUAUGCUCAAAGGCAUCCGCAGCUCUGGCAAGGUGGUUUAUGUAACAGCCACCUUCCCAUACAUCGUCCUCAUUGUUUUGAUCAUCAGAGGUGCGACACUGGAGGGAUCUCUUCAGGGCGUCGCUUUCUACCUCACACCAGACUGGAGCCGUCUAGCUAAUGCGCAAGUGUGGAAUGACGCAGCCUCUCAGAUCUUCUAUUCUUUAGGCAUAGGGGUUGGAGGGCUGCUUUCAAUGGCAUCUUACAAUAAGUUUGACAACAACGUCAUCAGGGACACUAUUAUUAUCACAGUCGGAAACUGCAGCACCAGCUUCUUUGCAGGAUUUGCUAUAUUCUCUAUCCUGGGUCACAUGGCCUGGAGGAAGGGAGUGCCUGUGGGAAAGGUGGCAGACACAGGUCCUGGACUAGCUUUUGUUGCUUAUCCAGAAGCGCUUGCUCUGCUGCCAGGCUCAGUGUUUUGGUCCAUUAUGUUCUUCCUCAUGCUGUUCAUGCUCGGGAUUGAUACUCUGUUUGGUAACAUGGAGGGCAUCACCACAGCUGUAUUGGAUGAGUUCCCAAACCUCAGGAGGAACACCUUGCAUAAGUCUCUGUUCUUGGGCACCCUGUGUUUUGCCUUCUACCUGAUGGGCCUCCUGUUAGUGACGGAUGGAGGGAUUUACUGGUUCACUCUCAUUGACUCCUUCAGCACCAGUUUCGGCCUCAUCAUCAUCACCCUGUUCAUGUGCAUUGGCAUCUCCUUCUUCUAUGGGGUGAACCAGUUUUGUCAGGACAUUAUUGACAUGAUCUGCCAUUGCCCUCCAUGGUGCAGCAAAGUGUUGAUUUACUUCAAAGCCUGCUGGGUUUUCUGCACACCUUUUCUCCUGCUGUUCAUCCUGAUCUACAUUUUUUUGGAGAUGUACAACACACCCCUCCACUACGGCUCUUAUGUUUAUCCACGGUGGGGUAAAGGUUUGGGCGUGUGUAUGGGCGCGACCUGCUGUUUGCAGAUCCUCAUUUGGGCCGUUGUGGCCAUUAGCAGGGAAACCGGGACUCUAAAGGAACGCUUUAAGAAAUCCAUUCGACCUCUGAACUCCUGGAGGGUAAAUAACCAAAACAGUGCAGCGAGAAGUGAGGAGCACGUGGAGCCCGAGCAAGUGGAGGCUCCUUUCACCGUCACGCUCACAGACAUGGAUUUCACAGCAAUGACGUGGGAAACAGGAAGCAAUGCAUAAGGAGACAGCGGGGAUAAACAUACAGUGAUGAUCAAACUAAGCUUUUAAGAGACAAAGGAAUUUUUCUUUUUAUUUUGUUACUCACCCCAGCAAGGCUCUGGUGGCUGUGUCAGAUCAGACUGUGUCCUGCAGGCCAGUGUGGAAUGAUAGAUUUAUUUAUACUACUAUGUAUGUAUAUGUGAAUAAUAUUUUUAAACAAUUUAUCUUGUAUUGAUAAAGAUAUACAAUCUGAAAAGUGUGGCAUGCAAAAUCUGGUUUGUUGUACAAACCAGAUUUUAAUUAAAAAACCGCGAAGGAAGGACAUUAUAGUAAAACCUCCUUAUACCAAUGAACCUGUAGAGGAGACUGCUUAUCUUCAUCCUGCCAGACUAAAUGGUGUUCACCACAAACAUCUUAGUCAUAAAUAUAUAUUAAGCAUGUUUCCUAUUUAAAUUGAAUAAAACGUAUUUUGAGAAUAAAUACAUCAAAGGGUUUGCCAAAUGAAGUAUUACAAAGGUGUCCACACCUAUGAAGGGACCCAUUUAGAUGUCUUGAUUGAAUAAUUUAUUUUCAAAUGAGCAAUUUCAAUUAUGCCAGAAACAAAUUAUUUUAAUAAAUUACUUACAACAUUGCCCUACACUGUUGGCGAAAACUACCACUGCUCAUCACCUAGAACAUAUCCCCACUGUGAAACAUGGGGGUGGCAGCAUCAUGCUUUGGGGACGUUUUUUCUUCGGCAGGGAUCAGGAAGCUGGUCAGAGUUGAUGGGAAGAUGGAUGUAGCUAACUGCAGGGCAGUCUUAAAAAAAGAAAACCUAUAGGCAGUAGAAAACGAAUUUAUUGACUUAUUGGCUGCAUCGGCCUACAUGCGAAUAUAAUAAUGUUGUCAUUGUAGUAAAACUAUAUUGAUGUUGUUGCCAUGUCUUUUAAGUAUCAGAAAUAGAUGUUUUUGUUUGUGAUCAUCAGUAGUGACAAAAUGAACGUCAACCUUCCAUAUUUGUUUGCCACACCAGUUGCACUUUUGACCCUGUGUGCCUGGAGAUGUGGUUUGAUUUAAGAAAGCACCUUGAAUGAUUUCUGUAUACUGUCUGUGUUCAACAAUCUGAAACCAUUAUACUGUUGCUUUUCAACCCGUUUCUAUUUUCAGAUUUCUUUUCAUUUUUAUGUUUUGUAUUAACUUCAGAUCACCACUUUUAAACUUUGUUAAAUAUUUGUGAUCUGUAAUGUACUGACAGUCCCUCCUUUUUCAUCUGGUGACCUUUUGGAGGGACUCUAGCGGCCACAUGAUCCUAAAUAAAGUUAAAACAUUUGGAAAAUUAAAAA